AUGACAACAGCUGCCAGACCAACUUGGGAUACUGCUAGAGGUGGUAGUGGUAAAGGAGAAAAUGACCUUAGUGCUCUUUCUAAACAAUAUUCUAGUAGAGAUCUACCAGCCCACACUAAAUUAAAAUACAGACAAGAAGGACAGUCUAAUUACAGUGAAGUUAGAGGACGUGAUUUCAGAAGAGAAUUAGAAGAUAGAGAAAGAACAGCCAGAGAUAAAAGAGAUGGCAGAAGGGGUGGAGGUUUAUAUCAUUACUUUGACUAUUUUUCUUCAGAUUCAAGUACAUCCAGUAGUAAAAGACCUAGAUUAGAUCAGAUCCCAGCAGCCAAUUUAGAUGCAGAUGAUCCUGUUGAUGAGGAUGAAGAUGAGGAUAGUUCUGAUGAUGAAGACGAUACAGCAGAAUUAUUAGCUGAAUUACAGAAGAUUAAAAAAGAAAGAGCUGCUGAAAGAGCUAAACAGGAAUCAGAGAGAAAAGUGGAAGAAGAAAGAAUUAGAACAGAGAAUAUUUUAAAAGGAAACCCACUUUUAAACCAAAGUGAAAAACAAGAUUUUAAAGUUAAAAGAAGAUGGGAUGAUGACGUUGUAUUUAAAAAUUGUGCUAAGGGUGAAGAGGAUAAAAAGACAAAAGGUUUCAUCAAUGACACAUUACGUUCUCAAUUUCAUCGGAAAUUUAUGGAGAAAUAUGUCAAGUGA